AAAACGCUUCUAACUCAUGCAUAAAACGACACCCAUUUUACCCUUUUUAAAAACUCACUAACAUAUGCAGAGUCUGUUAAAAUCAAUGGCAGAGAAAGGAGGAGGGAAAUGGGAAAGCAAAGACAAAUUUUUUGCUUCAUUUGAAAGAUUUCCCUUGUUGUCACGUAUCUGCUAUUUUCCAGUCAAUAUAUCAUUAAUACCUCUAUUUUCCUUUUCUUGGCUUUCCAGUUUCUUUCUCUCACUUUCAGGUCUUUCUCCAAUCUUUAUUGGUGUUUAAUGGCAAGAAUUUAAAGCAGAGAAAGUGUUAACUUAAUUUAUCAAAAGAAAACCAGAAAUGAAAUAAUAUAGUAUUGUUUUCUUUUUAGUAGAUGAAGGGACAUUGGUUACUAUUCUCAUUGGCCAUUUAAGGUCUUCCAUUUAACAAAAGUUUCAGUCUUGGUUCAGUGCUUUCCCAAAAAGAGAAAGGUUAUUUCCUUGAAGGCCAAAAAGAGAAGGCUUCUUUCUUGAAUUCCCUCUCAUUCUUUAUUGAAUUUGCGCGAAAAUAUUGUGUAGAAGCUUCAAACAUGAGUUUAAACAGAAUUAUCCAACUGGGGAAGAUGCUGCUCCUUUGCUGAGAUUUAAAGUGAUGCACAUUUUGGGGUGUGUAAAUCAGUUACUGAUAUGCCAUGGAUAGGAGAUCACCAAAUAGCAAUAUGUUGAAGACCUCUUUGUCUAAGAACUCUGUGCCAAGGAGUCCUAUGCCAAAAAGCCCUUUGCCUAGGAGUCCUGUUCCCAAGAGUCCUGAGUUCUAUGAGAAAUACAAGUCAAGAUGCGCUUAUAGUUUAAUGAGUUUCUUUCAUUUUCGGCAACGUCGUUCAAAGAAGCUUAUUUCUGAUACUGAUAAGAGAUGCUUAAAGAGACAUGCUCUUGGUGAUGAAUACAUUAAGAAUAAGCUUGAUUAUCGCAAUAAUUUCCAGGAUGGAGCAAACAAGAAGUCUGCAAUGGUGGAUUCUGGUUAUGGAAGAGUAAAGAAAAUCACAGGAGAAGAUGUGUCCAUUGAGCAGGAGAUCAAGAAGAAGAUUACAACUGCUAAAGUGGAAAAUGUACAAUCUGAUUCUGAACUUGUUGAUGACCGAUCAAGGAACCAUAGAAAAGCACCUAAGUCCCAGAGAUCUCGCCGUUUACCUAUUUAUGGAUGUUAUGAUGUAUCAACUGUGGAUCAUGGGGAAAUUCCUCAUCAAAAUUUGGCUGGCAGCGACAGAUCUUCAAAGUCAAUAGACUCUGUUGUGUCUGCAGAGGUGCAAGUGCAUACUAAUGAAAAUUGUAUGCAUCAUGAACGGCCUAAUGAGAUCAAUCUUCAAGUUAACAUGAACGAGGCAACUGAAGCAUUUAUAAACCAGAAGUUGAUUGAUGGAAAACAUCUUAUUGCUGAUGGGGCAAGUCAUCAGUCUAAGAACUUCUUGGACGCAUUGAAGAUAUUGAAUUCCAACAAGGAUUUAUUCAUAAAACUCCUACAAGACCCCAAUUCUCUGUUGGUGAAACACAUUGAAGACUUGAGAGAUUCUCAGACAAAAAAGCUCCAGAAUAAAUCCUUUGCCAGAGGCGGAUUAUCAGAAUGUCAGACAAGGAAUACAAGAAAAUGUAACCUGUUGAUGGAGACAGGUGAUUUUCAGCCCUUGGAGAAAAUAGUAGUUUUUAGGCCUAGUUCGAAAAGCUUGCAAAACCAUGCAGAUAGAACCAGUAAUGACUCUCCACAAAUUCAUUAUAGCUUAAGGAGUGUACAUCAAAGUGUAAAGCCUAUCCGUUUUCCCUUCAAACAAAUGAAAAGAACGUUGAUGCAUGCUAUAGGUGUAAGCAGAAAAGAGCAGCAGUUGUUGACUGAUAAUCUACUGCAUGACAAGUCUGUCCAUGGCUUCGAGGGUGGACAAUGUAGCAAAGAAGCAGUCGCGGGCAGUAUUAAAGGACUCUCGCCCAAUGAAGCCUCUUCAGAUUUUGAAAGAAUGACCAAAUCUUCCAUGGAUGUCAAUAGAAAAGACCAGAGGGACAAGUUGGGCCAGUUUGAUUCGGUUGUUAGAGAUGAAGUUGCUUCAGCCAGUGAAAGUAGUCAUGAAAAUUCACAUUUGUCAACCAUCAGGCAUCCCAAGAGAAAUGAACAUUUUGUAAAUAUUGAGACAGAAUUCAAAAAUGAAAAUGCGAAUUUACCCAAAAAGCAGAAAGUAAAAUCCUAUGAUGUGAUAAGCUCUCUUCUUGAAUAUGACCUCUUUCCUGAGGUUUCCAGAAGGACAAGGAAGCCCGAAGUUGUUUCCCAACAGAUGAGAUUUUCUUCCUAUUACAGUCGCCAUACAGUGAAUGAGGACAAUUGGAGGAGUCAGGAAGAAAAGGAAAAUAGUUGCUCAAGUCCAGUGAGGCAGAAUGUAGAGGCUGUUUGCGGGACACAGAUGCAAAAGCAUGAAAUGAGGCGAAAAAUCUCAAGCAACCCUUUUCCUGAUGACAAAGAGCAGCAAAGCAUUUCUUCUCUUAAUAAUGAUAUGAGCCAUAUAGAAAAAACGUGUGGUGAAAAAUCAGAAGAAAUUGCUCCUUCUGAACUGCCUUCCGAUCCAGACAGUUCACUUAAUAAUUGUGUCAAUCAGAGCAUCAAGACAGUGGAUGGUUGUGAGGAAAAUGGAUCUUUGAAUUUUUCAAGAGAGGAUUCACCUGUGAAGAAUCAGACAUCAACAUCUUCAAUAGAUGAUUAUUCAUCUAGCCCUCUAAACAAUCAAAGAUUUGGAGCAUUUGAUAUGAUCAAACAAAACACAGAACAAACAAGUCCAGUGUCAGUGCUUGAUAAGCUUUUUGCAGAAGAUGUCAACAGCCCUUCAAACACUAAAUCUCAUCCCGCUCUACCAUUAGUACCACUUCUACAAAUUGGUAGUGAAGAAGGCUAUUUAGCUACUGCUCAAAAAUCCCCUUUGAGUCUGAAUUCAAACAUUUCAACAGAAGAGUACAAAUCCAUGUUGGAGUAUGCAAGCACAUUGUUGCAAACUUCUCGCCUCAGUUGGGAUGAACUCACAAAUAAAUGCCAUUUCUCAGACCAACUCCUUGACCAAUCAUUAUUCAGUGAAAUAAAUGUGAGAUCAAAUGAAUCCUGUGACAACAAUAAACUCCUCUUCGAUUAUGUUAAUGAAGUCCUCCUAGACGCAUGCAUGUGCUACUCAAAAUGCUCCCCUUGGUUGCCAUUCUUGAAACCAAGAAUUCUAUCAGCUACAAUGACAGGAAAUAUAGUGAAUGAAGUGAUGGCAUAUUUUGAUUGGAACCUUCUCUUGGCAGCACCUUUAAAAACAUUAGAGCAAAUUACUGAGAAGGACUUGAUGAAAUCAAGAACAUGGAUGAAUAAUCCAAUUGAUGCUGAAGAAGCUGUUGGUGAGAUGGUAGAUAGUCUAAUGGAAGAAUUGAUAAUAGAUUUUGCAAUUGACUAACCAAGCAGAAGCAUUUUCUGCUAUUUUGCAUAUAGUAAAUGCUAUUUUGAGGGGACUUUGCUGCUUUCUAUUGUAAGCAUCUGCUGUACUGAUUUGUCUGGAGAAUUUUUCAAGAUUUAUAGGAUUUUGAUUUUACACAAAUGAUAAUAGUAAUUUUCUUACUGCUCAAAAUUUUGCUGUAAUUUUUUUUAUUUGCAUUAUAGAUAAACAUCUAUUAAAAGGUUUA